GACCUCACGAGGGCUUCUCUCCCCUCCCAGAAUGCACCUGUAACGGCCACUCCAGCCAGUGCCACUUCGACAUGGCGGUGUUCCUGGCCACGGGCAACUCCAGCGGCGGUGUGUGUGACGACUGUCUCCACAACACUAUGGGCCGCAACUGUGAGAUGUGUAAACCUUUCUACUACCAGGACCCCAGCAGGGACAUCAGAGACCCCCGAGUCUGUGUGGCCUGUGACUGUGACCCAGACGGCUCCAUGGAGGGGGGGGUAUGUGACGGGCAGGACGACCCAUCCCAGGGCUAUGUCUCUGGGCAGUGUCGCUGCAAGCAGCACGUGGAGGGUCCUCGCUGUGACCGCUGCCUCUCCGGCUUCUACGGGCUCAGCGCCGACGACCCCCAAGGCUGCCAACCGUGCCAGUGUGACCCCCGGGGUACGGUGUCGGGGGCCUCCCAGUGUGACCCCGUCAGCGGAGACUGUUUCUGUAAACGUCUGGUGACCGGGCGCAGCUGUAACCAGUGUCUGCCGGAACACUGGGCUCUGAGCCACGACCAGAGUGGCUGCCGGGACUGUGACUGCGAUGUGGGCGGAGCCACAGACAACCACUGCUCCAUGGAGACAGGCCAGUGUAGCUGUCGUAGUCACAUGACCGGCCGCCAGUGCACCAAGGUGCUCUCUGGGUAUUUCUUCAUGGCUCUGGACCACCUGACGUACGAGGCUGAGCUGGCUGGGAUGGGACAGGGCUGCAGUGUGGAGCUCAGGGAGCAGCAGGCCGGAGCCUCCUGGACGGGUACUGGGUUCGCCCGUGUGCCGGAGGGGGGCAGCCUGGACUUCUCCAUCAACAACGUGCCCUUCUCCAUGGAAUAUGACCUGCUCAUACGCUACGAGACACAGCUCCCCAGGGACUGGGAGGAGGUGCGCGUGAUAGUGGAGCGCCCAGGGCCCAUCCCCACCAGCAGCCCCUGUGGGAACACCAUCCCUGCUGAUGACAGACGCUCACUCUCUCUGCCUGCCGGCUUCAGGUUGGUGGUGCUGCCCCAGUCUGUGUGUCUGGAGAGAGGGGUGAGUUAUACUCUGAGGCUGGAGUUCAUCCGUUACCAAGACGGCAACAACAUUCUGACCGGCUCCUCCAACAUCUACAUCCUGGUGGACUCUAUCUCCCUGCUCCCUCGCUACUCCUCCCUGGAGAUGUUCACCGCCGGCGACCCCUCCUCUGUUGCCAGGAAACAGAGUUAUGAGCGCUACCGUUGCCACGACGGCGGCAAGGCGGUGAUCCGUCCCCCUAUGAGUGACUUCUGUGCCGAGCUCAUGACCAGCAUGUCUGCCGUCAUCAACGACGGAGCGCUGCCGUGUGGGUGUGACCUCCAGGGGGCGCUCAGCUCCGUGUGCGAGGUGCGUGGGGGCCAGUGUCACUGCAGGCCCAACGUGAUUGGACGACGCUGCAACCAGUGUGCCCCUGGGACAUACGGGUUUGGACCUGCAGGAUGUAAAGCCUGUGACUGCAGCGUGGAGGGGUCUCUCUCUAGGUUCUGUGACCAGCUGGCUGGUCAGUGCCCGUGUCGCACGGGUGCCUUUGGUUUGCACUGCGACGCGUGCCAGCCGGGUCACUGGGGCUUCCCUAACUGCCGGGCCUGUGAGUGUAACAGCCACGCGGACGCCUGUGAUCAGAGGACUGGAGCCUGCCUGGCCUGCAAACACCACACCGGGGGGGACAAGUGUGACAGAUGUGCCAACGGUUACUACGGAAACCCGGUUCUGGGCACAGGUAACCAAGGUAACCAGUGCCGCCCGUGCCCCUGUCCAGACGGGCCAGACACCGGACGUCAUUUUGCUGCGUCCUGUUACCAGGACAACCGCAACAGACAGGUGGUCUGCAACUGUAACCAGGGUUACACAGGUCAGGCCACGCCUUCCUCUGCCUCC